GGUCAAAGUUGAACGCGGAAGUUUAAAGCAACAUGGCGCUUCAGUGAAGAAGUCCUCAAUGAGAAAUACAUUAGCCUUUGGUUUUUAGGUUAAAGAAAAGAAGAGAAGACAAACGUGGUUAUGUUGCUUCUCACGCUGAGAUAUGUAGUCCGGUGCGGCUACAGAAACGCAGGGAAAGGAUUUCAGCAAAACCACCCCUCACUUUUGAGACAAUGGCUGCAUCAGAGAGGGCAGAACACAGCUGUGAGCCAGACUGUAUCUGUACAGAGUUCCUCCAGCACACUCCCCAGUGCAGCAUCAGAUCGGAUUGUAGGGCGCUGGCUGGUGGGCUGCAGUGGCCUCGUUCUGGGCGCUGUUAUUCUGGGAGGAGUAACCAGACUGACUGAGUCGGGCCUCUCCAUGGUGGACUGGCACUUGGUGAAGGAGAUGAAGCCACCUCGGACGCAGGCUGAGUGGGAGGCAGAGUUUUCCAAAUACCAACAGUUUCCUGAGUUUAAAAUAAUGAACCAUGACAUGACGCUUACUGAGUUUAAGUUCAUCUUUUACAUGGAGUGGGGGCACCGUAUGUGGGGAAGGCUAGUGGGGUUAGCCUACAUCCUGCCCACCAUGUACUUCUGGAAGAAGGGUUACUUCAACCGCUCAAUGAAGGCUCGUGUCCUGGGCCUGUGUGGCUUCGUUUUCUUCCAGGGUCUUCUGGGUUGGUACAUGGUGAAGAGUGGACUGGAGGAGAAGCCAGACUCGUAUGAUGUUCCCCGUGUCAGUCAGUACAGACUGGCAUCGCAUCUCGGUUCAGCUCUUCUUCUAUACUGCGGUAGUCUUUGGACAGGGCUCACACUAAUGCUUCCUGUGAACAGGCUUCCUGACACCAGGCGCAUUAUGCAGCUCAGGAGGUUUGCCAAGGCCACAGGGGCGUUGGUCUUUCUCACAGCUCUCUCAGGAGCCUUCGUCGCUGGCCUUGAUGCUGGAUUGGUGUACAACUCUUUCCCAAAAAUGGGUGAAUACUGGAUCCCAGAUGAUCUUCUUGCCUUCUCCCCUACAAUCAAGAACAUUUUUGAGAACCCCACCACCGUCCAGUUUGACCACAGAAUACUGGGCAUUGGCUCAUUAGCAGCCAUCACCAGCCUUUUCCUCUUCUCCAGACGCAUGCAGCUGCCUAGGAGGGCAAAGCUUGCAAUCAGCUGCUUGACUGCCAUGGCAUAUACACAGGUUGUUCUUGGAAUCAGCACGUUGCUCCUGUACGUGCCCACUUCCAUGGCAGCCACACACCAAUCCGGAUCCGUAGCACUGCUUACUUUCGCUAUUUGGGUCCUUGCAGAACUACGCAAGGUGGCCAAGUAAUUCCUCACCUUCUGCCUCUAUUCAGGUCAAGUCUGUAUACUGAUGCAAGUCAUUUCUAUAUCAAACACUCAAAAGAAAUUUUACCACAACGUCUUUAUUACCUCAGUUAUGUUCAGUCCCCUGUAAGAAAAACUUACUUUAUUUAUACAUCUACAUGUCGUACACCUUUUUAAGCAGAUACAUUUUUAAUAAUUGGCUACAUUUUCCAUUUGCCAAAAAUAGGGUAUGCAGAUUUUUGCCUUCAUCUGUAACUUAUACAAAUAAAUUGUUGGGUCUUAUUAAAUGGAAUAAUUUAGACUCCAGCCAGAUGUUAGUCACACAUGGUACUCGCUGAUUUGAAAUGAGUUCCUUGAUAAGAGAAUGUAAAUAAAAUUACUAUACAUGUGUACCAUUUUAUAUGCUCUCUACAUUUAAUUUGAAUAUCAUGUCUGGCAUCCACACAAAAUUAUCAAUAAUAAUGUACCAUAUUCAAGUUUACAUCAUUCAUGAAUUUUUAGUUUUUACUGUCCUGUGUGUUUGGUAAAAUGAUACCGCAGCACUGUUAUUCUCGUUUCCGAUUGGCCAGAAUGUGUUGAUUUUCUUUCUAUAACUGUUUUUCUAUAAAGAGAGGUUUAUUUAACAUUUAUGGAAGGACUCUCCCAUGUCAGCACUUUGUAACAGUUCGUUUUCCACCACAGGAAGAGGACAGAUGUUUCAUGUGCAGUUUUUUUUUUUUUUUUUUUUUUCUUGAAGAGAGAGGGGAAGAAAUAGUGGGAUAACAGGCACUCAUUUGUUUCUCUGACCAGCCACUACAUUUAAGUGUAACUAUAAACAGUUAAAAAGCAUAAUAUUUAUUAAUAAAUGGACAAAUUAUAAUUGUA